AUGAGAUCGAAUUCAUCCGGUAGCAGUAUAAACUCGCCGCUCGGUCCGGGCGCGUCUUGCGGCAUGGCGGCGAAUCCGUACGCCGUGCCGCUGUACGGCGGCGCGCCGGUACAGGGGUACGGGUGUGCGCCAGCGGAUCUGCCGCACUAUGGCGACAUGCGCGGCGCCGGAUGGUACCCCGCCUCCAACGACCCCAGGUUUGCCAGUAAACUAACGCAACAUAACAGUAAACCCGUCAUGAAUGAACAAUGGAGCCAUUACGAUUACAACGGGAUAUAUUUACGAGUGAUUAGACCUCGAACAGAAAUUAUGGCACGCUUCCGUAGCGAUAAGCAUCUUGAGCACGGAUUAAAACGGUAA